UUCCCUAAACCUAACUCCAACUCCACACCCCCCUUCAUUUCUCUCUAUCUAUAUCUUCACUCAAAAACAACAACAGUAAUAUUAAUAACAAUAAUUCUUUUUCCUCUCCCAAGCUUUCUUGCUCUCAAAUUUAAUUACUUCAUCUUCCUCCUCCUCCUGAUCUCCUCCAGGGUUUCAGCCACGGAGUUCCCAAAUCUUCAAGUGGGGGAAGGAUCUGCCUCUUCCCAGAGGAAAAUGGGAAGAGGUAAGAUUGAGAUUAAGAGAAUUGAAAACACUACAAAUCGGCAAGUGACUUUCUGUAAGAGACGAAAUGGGUUGCUUAAGAAAGCUUAUGAAUUGUCUGUUUUGUGCGACGCGGAAGUUGCCCUCAUCGUCUUCUCCACUCGCGGUCGUCUCUACGAAUAUGCCAAUAAUAGUGUGAGAGGAACGAUCGAAAGGUACAAGAAAGCAUUUGCUGACUCUUCCAAUUCCGGAUUAUCAGUUGAAGAAGCUAAUGUACAGUUUUACCAGCAAGAGGCGUCGAAGCUGAAGAGACAGAUACGGGAAAUUCAGAAUUCAAACAGGCAUAUUGUUGGAGAAGCACUGAGCUCAUUGUCGUUGAAGGACCUCAAAAGUCUGGAGGGCAGAUUGGAGAGAGGCAUCACCAAAGUUAGGGCCAAGAAGAACGAAACCCUUUGUGCCGAGAUGGAGUUCAUGCAGAAGAGAGAAAUGGAGCUUCAGAAUCACAACAAUUAUCUGCGAGCUCAGAUUGGCGAACACGAGAGAAUACGGCAGCAGCAGAUGCAAUACGAGUCGGCGGCGACGCAAUACGAUGAGAAUGAGAAUAGAGGUUAUGGGGCGGCGGCGGCGGUGGCGGCGGCUGCGGUGGGGCUUAUGGAUUCCGAUAACAACCAUUACGGCCACGCCCAAGACCACCUCACCGCUCUACAGCUCGUGUAGAAAAUCAAAUCAAAUCACACAGACGCUAAGCUGCUACCAUUUCAGAAUUUAUUAUUAUUAUUAUUAUUAUUAUUAUUAUUUUCAUGUGGAAUUAGCAUUAGCAUUAGCAUUACGGAGGAAAUCAAAUCAAAUCAAAUAAUUAAUACAGCCCUUCCCUUCUCUACUUCUGCUUCUUCGCUGUAUUUUGAGCAACCAUCGAACACUUAACACACCCUCUCUAUAUAUAUAAAACCAAAACCCAAAAAAGAAAAAUGCAUAUAUAUGCUAUAAUACUACUUUUCAACUUU